UUUUUAGGGGGAGCCGGGGGUUUUCUGACCUUUUACUCAUGAGGGGAGAAAUGAGUUAAGGUGCCCGAAAGAGGAAGAAAAAGCAAGUCUUGUUUUUGUUGCAAAACGAACAGAAGAAGAAGUGCGUUGCUUUCUAGUGUCAUGCAAGAAAAGCAGUUUGUUGCCCGUUGUCACACGACGGUGCUCUGGAGGUAAGAUGGCAAGAGCUGUGCGCAGAGAGCCAGCAGACUUCGGCAUGGACUAUGUGAAUCUGCCUGAGCCUUCAGUUACAAUGGCUGCUGGAGGAGGAGACGAGGGGAACCGUUCUGCACCAGGGACAAAGCUAUUGAGGCUGGUUGGAGUUAGCUUUGGACUCCUUUGCUUCCUACAAGUUGCUGUCAACGUGUCUCUCCGCCUGACACUGUUCAAAUCUGACGGUCAGACAUCACCAACAGGACCCGCUUGCAGUAAUGAAACUGUCAAGCAGGAACAACUGAUCAAGCGGUACAUCCAGCGGGGAUGGGUGCGUUUCCAUUCCAGUGUGUAUUAUAUUUCUUUCAACAGGAACACGUGGCAGCAGAGCAGACGGUUCUGUCUGCAGCAAGGCGCUGACCUGGUGAUCAUCAACACCAAAGAAGAACAGGACUUCACAAGACAGUUUAACAGACUCACUUGGCUCGGACUUCAUAAUAAGACCAAGACGGGGAACUGGACAUGGGUGGAUGGGACUCCGCUGACCAAAAGCUACUGGGGGCCUGGAGAGCCAAACGGUUUCGAAGGCAAAAUGGAAAACUGUGUGGAGAUAAGGUUCUUUGAGCUGGAAAACAGCUGGAACGACAUACCGUGUGGAGACGAAAACUACUGGAUCUGUGAGAAAGAAGUGGCUCCGUAAAUAAAACCGAACCAAGUCGAGGGAAGUUCAAACGGACCUGAAGUCUUAACUUGUAACCAGGAAAUGGGAAGCCGGAGUCACGGUUCUAAUCAUUUGGAAAAAGAGCCUGUUGGGUUUUGGAUUGAAAGCAGGGUGUCGUUUGAUUUAUGCAAAACAUUGUUCUGAAAGUGAAAGGCGAUCGCGUGAGAGCAAUGAUUUUAUUUUUUGGUGAAUGCUGUAAAUAAUGAUGGAGUAAGCAAUGAUGAUGGAUAGGACCACUGUAACAUCAAGUAAAGCUUUCGAUUUUAGUGAAAUCUUGUUAGAUCGUUCACCAGCGGGUUAUAAAAUGAUCAGAAAAUAUAAACAGCUUUUAUUUCGAAAGCUGUGUCAUAGUUACUGCAUCUCAAACUUACACAUCCCACUGAAAAGAUCAACAAUUAAUGUCUACUUUUUCCUCUCACAUCUGUUGUUCAGCAGCUAUAUGUGACAGUUACUAAUUAUUCUAAUUAUUUUUUUUAUAUUAACACAAUAUUUGUACUCUGGGGCUUGUCAUUGCUUUAUAUAUAUAUAUAUAUAUAUAUAUAUAUAUAUAUAUAUAUUUUAUAACUUCCACUAUCUUUUAUUAUACUUGCAACAAAACAAUGAAAGUCAAUCUAAAUUCUACAGGUAAUUAACACAUUAAUAUAAAGUAAACAUGGUUUUGGGCUUUUUUUUUAAUUCUAAGAAAGAAAAAUUGUUGUGACAGCCGAAUUAAAACGUCAUUUUAUUUGCAUGCUAAGACAAAUACGCAGAAAGUCUCUGUAGAAAAUCAAAUUUGAAGCUCCGGACACUGGAUUUCUAUGCACAUCUUUGUUUUAAGGGCUCUUUCAGCGCUGACGGUCAUUUCUGUCAGGACUUUGGGUUGUUUUGUUUCAUAGUUUUGAUUAUUUGUUCUGCGUUUGUCUUAGCCAGUCGUUAUUUUUUGAUCAUGUAAGCCUUGUUUCGGUUUUGAUUUAGUUCAGUCUAGUUGUUUUUAGUUUGAUUAUGUCUAUUAUUUAUUCCUUGAUCUGUAUUUCACUUAUGAUUUCUGUUGUCCUAUUAUGUUUUACUCCUCUUUGCUCCCUUGUGCCAUCUCUCGCAAAUUGGCAGUUGCCUGGGGUGACAACAGAGGAAGAGGAGCGCAAGCACCAGAUGAAAAACUGUAGCUGGUCUGUCAGUUGCUACUUGAGUUUACUUCUGUUUUCAUGCAUGUGAAGUUAAUGAGGAGUUAGCGCCCCCUGCUGGCUGCUUAGCAUAAGGAGACUACUUGGUGUGGAAACACACUGGCCUACACAGAAACCAGCAAGUCUAAUAAUACAAGACAGUGUGAGGUUUAUGGUUAACCAGUUUUGCGCUGUUUUAGGCUGCGGCAGGAAGCCACAGAAUACCGUGAAAGCAAACAAACGUACAGGAAGAAUGUGUAUGCUGUAAAUAGAAAUGUGACGAUGCAACUUUAACAGUGCCAGCUACCAAACCUAAAUGUUCCACUUAUGGCAUCAACUUAGCAUAUUGUUACCAGUUCCCACAUCUGUAUACAAAGCAAAAAAAGGACUAGGAAAGCAAUAAAUGUUUGAUAAAAGAAACAAA